CAACGAAUCGACCCUGAAAAAAAAUUGAAGAAGAAGAAAGAAACCCUAAGAAGAUGUUGAUGGAGGAAGAGACUUGCUUGGACUGCAAGAGACCGACCAUAACGGUGAUUGAUCACAGUAGCGGCGACACCAUCUGCUCAGAGUGUGGCCUUGCCCUCGAAGCUCACAUCAUCGGAUACUCUGAGGAAUGGAGAACUUUCGCCUCCGACGACAAUCGCAGUGACAGAGACCCAAACCGUGUUGGUGCUCCGACGAACCCUCUUCUCAAAUCCGGCGAUCUCGUUACCGUCAUCGAGAAACCUAAAGAGAAAGCUUCCUCUGUUGUGUCCAAAGAUGAUCUCUCUACUUUGUGCCGUGCGCAGAAUCAAGUCAAGAAUCAUGAAGAAGAUCUAAUCAAGAAAGCAUUCGAGGAAAUACAGAGAAUGACUGAUGCACUAUACCUAGACAUCGUUAUAUACUCUAGGGCUUGUGAGAUUGUUUCCAAAUUCGAUGGUCACGCUAACACGAAAUUACGCAGAGGGAAGAAGUUAUACGCUGUUUGUGCAGCCUCUGUUUCAAUGGCUUGUCGUGAACUGAAACUGUCGAGGACAUUGAAAGAGAUCGCUAUGGUUGCCAACGGUGUUGAAUUGAAGGAUAUUCGCAAAUCUAGUAUGGUGAUAAAGCGUGUUCUUGAAUCAGAUCAAGCCUCAGUGUCUGCUGCUCAAGCGAUUAUCAACACCGGAGAACUUGUUCGCCGGUUCUGUUCCAAACUUGAUAUAAGUCAAAGAGAGAUAAUGGCGAUUCGAGAAGCGGUUGAAAAAGCUGAGAAUUUCGAUAUCCGAAGAAACCCUAAGUCAGUUCUUGCUGCAAUUAUCUUCAUGAUCUCUCAUAUAUCUCAGACCAACAGGAGACCUAUUCGAGAAAUUGGGAUCGUUGCGGAAGUCGUGGAGAAUACGAUCAAGAACUCGGUUAAGGAUAUGUACCCUUACGCCUUGAAGAUUAUACCUAACUGGUAUGCUUGUGAAGCAGACAUUGUCAAGAGAUUAGAUGGUGUCAUAAAUUCUUGGGAUUCUGCAAAAAUUAUAGUAUAAGGAAGUCACUACCUGAGAGAGAAGCUUUGGGAUUGUUGUAGUCUCUUUUCUGAUGCAUUACAUACAUACAUCUAUGUAUACUCUAUACAGUAUAGACGUUGGUUUUAUGGAAGUAUAUUUUAGACUUGAGCUUAUGUAACAUCUUCUUUAUGAUAUACGUCAUUCAAAACGUCAAUGAUCAUAUAUCAAGUAAAACCAUAUACAAUAU